AUGGCAGACAAUAAGCUCGUCGCCGUUGCCACCAUUGUCCGACACCUCGAUCGCGAUGCCUCUGAUGUCGUUCUCGCAGCAGCAGACGCCAACGAAAUCGCCACUCUGGACCUUCGCACACAGGCUAUUCUAGACAUGCUCCCAUCUAUCAGCAAUGUGCACAUGCGCGAAGACCUCGCCCGCCGAUUCGUCCAUGGCGAGAUGGACAAGACCGAAACACAGCUGGUCCACGAUUGGUCCCAAGUGAUGCGUUCGGCCCUGCGUGCUGCCCUCAUCACGGCAUGGGCAAUGAAAGUAAAUGCCGACCGCAAGUUUGAGUCUAUCCCUGGAAUGGUGGAUCCCGUGUCCGAAGACGAAGACCCAAGAAUCUCAAUGGCCCGCUCCAUCGCUGUACCAUCACGCAGCGCUCCAACCCACAAUUCGCCGCCGUCAAAGAGACACGAGACAGAGUCGAUCUCCAGCACCAAACGUUUUGGUAGCUCCUUCGCAGCAUCUACCACGCCCAGCGGAGAAAGCCAUGAUCCCAAGACUGGUGCACCAUCGAAAGACUUGGCCAUUGACCUCUCAAGCGACAUUGAAGAUGAUUGA